AUGGAACAAAAAGAAGAAGGUUUGCUUACAUUCGCCCAAGCGAACACUGUUGAAACUGUGUUCUUGGAACGAGGUCACCGUGUGACCCUGCCCUGUCCUCUCGUCAAAUCUCGCCAAAUCCCGCCAGAAAAUGUGGACGCAAUGUACUGGUACUAUGGUUCAAUAAGCGACACAUCCCUGCUCAUCUCGUACUUCUUUGGAAGUGUGGCUCCCCAAAACGGGAUUCCAGAGGGCGUCUAUAAUAUCGACGAUGAGUUCAAUCUCAUCAUUGAGAACAUCACCGCCUCCAAUGAGGGAAACUACUACUGUAAUGUGAAACCGCAUUUGAAAAUAAUGGCGGCAGGAAGCAUUGAAGUUUGCGACAAGGUCUCCCCAAGGCGUCCACAUCCUGCCGUCAUCGACUGCAAUCCAGACAUCUUCGACGCAGAAAAAUGCGAGGUACCGUGCGACAGUACUCCCCCGGCGCACAACCUGACCUGCGUCAUGAAGCAGGUCAAACCUGCCGUGGAAUUGAGGUGGAUCCGUCUGUUCUUGGGCGGGCAGACGGAACUGAACGCCUCAACAACAGUCAAACCUGUGGUUCUGCCGGCCAAAACGGGGUCGUGGUUGAGGAACAACACCUACUCAACUUCAGCAUCUAUCCAAGUUGAAGCAGUUGACGAUGAGGAAGUCUACGAGUGUGAGGCACUGGGUGUUGCUGUAGGAGGCAGUACACGCACGAGGGUGCGCCUCACCAAAACUCGCCCCACAACUUAUGACACAACGGCAACUUAUGACACACCGACAACUUACGAUGAAGUUCAGCCCUCCAACAAUCCAGAAACAACGCUUGUUUUGGCCGACGAAGUACCACCAACUGCGAGCAAACCUGUUGAAUCACGCGUCAGUCUGAUUGUGCCAGUGGUCUUGCUUACAAUCAACUCAAUCAUCCUCGCUGUCAUUAUAUUUGUCCUCAUUAUGAAACGUAAUAAAGACCACCGUGCAAUGAAGAUGCUGCCUUACACAUCAGUGGCAACUUCCAGCAAUGGCCAAAAAGAGGAGUCCAACGUGUGA